UAAGUUCAGAUGUCAGCCUGUUAGUUUGUGGCUAACUAGGAAGCCAGCGGGACGUCUGCCUCACGGCUACAUUCACACCGAAGACAUCUGCUUCCUCAUCUGCUUCCUGUAGAUAAGACGCCCACGUCCAGACGUCCAGAGGAUGUUCGGCGGCUCUCUGGCUGCAUAGACCUCUGCCAGAGACCCGGUGUUUCAGGUUUCCACCACAACCAGGCGGCGGUUUCUCCAGCGCUUCACAGCAGUGAGUCGGUCCUGAUUUACUGGGUUUUACUGGGACAGCAGAGCUGGAUGAACUGGUUUCUGUCACACUGUCCAGUAAACCUGUCCAACAUGUCCACCCAUCGCCAGUGCACCAUCAACCUCCACAACAAGACCACCAACUACAGGAUGCAGGACCCACUAGUCUACAUUGUCAGUGGAACCUCUUCAGAACCACCCCCCCCCCCCCCCCCCCCCCGUCCGGCUCUGGACCCGUCUGAAUCUGGCAGCGCCCUUUUCAUCAAGACUGCCUACACGGCCUGCGGCUCAUUGGCCGUCUUCACCUACGACCUGGUGGAGAUUUUCAGUAUGCAGUUCCUGGGUCGCGUGGCAGUGAUGUUCUCCGUUCCAUAUGACUUUAACUUCCACUCCAACUGGUACGGGGUAGGGAUGUUCCGCAAGGACAUCCCAUGUGAUGCUAACCUGUUCAAUCUCAUGUAUGAGGAGGAGGAGACCACCUUUGUCCGGGGCAGAGCAAGUGGAUCCAGUCUGGUCUACAGAGGAAAUGAUGUGACCAUCAGGGCCACCAUGUCUGACAGCUACCAGCCAGUCCUGAAGGUGGAGGUUUGCGACAACUGAACCUGAUCCAGUUUAAUCCAGUUUGAUCCAGUUUAAUCAU